AUGAGCAUGACAUGUGAGACCAAUCAUAUUAGGGGGGUUCACGAUAGCUUUUCACCAGAAAAGUUUUAUCGUCCCACCAGGACAGUUGCGCAUGCUGCGCAACCUAAAAUUUUAGAGAGUGUUUACCACACCAGCAUUUAUGCACCAGGAAAACUUAGCAAUGGGAACGCACUGGUGUUCAACCCACACCGGCAACCCUUGGAAAUCGACUUACAGGAUUCUUCCCGGCAUUCCUCCAUCAAACGUUGUUCAACCUACACCAACAACCCUCGGACCUUCUCCCGCCAGCCUCUGAUUAUUCACACCGGCAUUCCCCCAUCAAAAGGUGUUCGACCCUUGGACCCGGAGGUACCCACUCAAUUGACUUACAGGAUUCUUCCCGGCAUUCCUCCAUCAGAAGUGCAACUUGCCAACUUCAACCUAUCCCUCCUCAUGCACAAAAACAGUGAGCGUCAACAAAUACUCCGAGAUCUCUUCAUGAUCCUGGUAUUCCUGCACGAGCAGCAGACGGACGACCUGAUUGACUCAACCUUAGGAAUCCCCACCGUGCCAUCACUUGGGCGAAUAUUGGCCCCGACCAAUCCUGGCCGCGCUUUAGUGCUAGACAUUAUAUUCGACGAUGAGGCUAUGAUUUCGAAUAUGUUCGAGUUGGUUCUCCGUAAUCGAUACUUGAAUGACCGAUUGCCGGCGAGAACACGUGAUGAAUUUGACUUGGCCCAGCUUUUCAACAUGCGAGACGAGGAUUUUAAGCAGGCCGUUCGAACGACAAAGGCAGGAUUUAUGUGGCUUUUGGGUCGAAUUAUGUUCAACUCCGUGUUUCACAGCGCUAGCUUCCGUCCCCAGCUUCCCGUCCCACAUCAACUGGCUCUCACCCUAGAAAGGCUUGGGUCAAACGGUAAUGGGGCCUCGGUCGGACGAUUCUCACGUAACUUAGGCGUUGGCCGGGGGACCGUUAUCAAGGCGAGUCGGAGGGUCAUCCAGGCAAUUAAUGAGCUGUCGCACACUUAUCUGCUCUGGCCUGAUGAGGAUCGAAGGAAAGAGAUCUCCGAGGUCAUGAAGGCCGAGGGUUUUGAAGGUUGUAUUGGGUUUGUUGAUGGUACAACCAUCCCACUCUACCAGCGGCCGUCAAUUGACGGUGAAGUCUUCUUUGAUCGGAAAAAACGCUAUUCGAUCAAUUGUCAGGUCAUAUGCGACUGUGAUCGGUUCAUCACAGGUUACAUGACUGGCUGGCCUGGUUCGUGUGGUGACAGCAUGGUCUUCAAGAAGAUGGCGGUACAUAGAGAUCCGGGUCGUUUCUUUGAUCCAGGGCAAUAUCUCAUUGCCGACUCCGCGUACGAAUUGGGUUUGCACUGUAUCCCUGCCUACAAAGCACCCGCGGCAUACAUUUUGGAGAACACUGAAUUUAACUACUGUCUGGCACGAUCUCGGGUUCGGAACGAGCAUACGAUCGGGAUCCUCAAGGGGCGUUGGGCAUCUCUGCAGCACUUAAGGCUGGCGAUUCAGAAGCCAUCGGACAUGAUGGAGAUCAUUAGGUGGGUAAACUGUUGUGUAACUCUACACAACAUGCUUGCCCAUCUGGGUGAUGCAUGGGACCUCUUGGAUUCUUCAAUCGAUGAGGCCGGUCCAGGACGAGAUGUGAGCCACGAAGAAACAGCGAGGGGAUUUCGUGAUUCGGUCCAGGUCAAAUGUCUGGAUUUGAACCACUCCCUGGGUGUAUUGCCUAUCUAA